UCUUCAAGUGAGUGAAAGCCAUGACUCUCAAGCCCUGUGAUUGUGACUAUAGACCUGGGGUAGACUUUACAAAUCAACUUGUCUAAUGCCCAUAUUCUCCACAAAGGAAACUGAGAUUCAGAGGGAAGAAUGUGACUAAUAGGGUGACAAGUAGUUAAUGAUUAGAACUCAAUUUUGUAUAGGGAUUGUUUCAUUCAUUGUGCUCACUGGGGUCUCAAACAUGCCAGUACAUGCCUAAUCAAUGUUUGUUGAUUGAUUGACCUCCAUUCCUGAUGGCAAAAUUCUUUUUUUUUUUACUCUAGUUCCCUGUCCAUAAUCCCUAAACCUGGAAUCACCAGCUUGUUCCUGGGUAUUAUAAGUGACUUCACAAUUGUAUGCAGAAAGACUUAUAGAGUGACUAAAAGAUAGAUUCUGACUUUUCACAAAGCAGUUUUCUUUCCCAUUUUUGGUUGUUGUUUUGUUUUGUUUUGUUUUUUCUUUUUUUUUUGGAGGGGAGGUUAGGAGGCAGUCAGUUUUAAAUUAUUUGUCCAGUUAGUAAGUGUCUGAGACUAUAUUUGAACUCCUGACUCCUGUUGCUCUAUUCAUAGUCUCACCUAUUUGCACUUUUGGCCUUCGUUUUUAAAGAAGACUAAUGACAUCAUGAGUGUCUCAUUGUGUCUUCCAGAGCUAUCAAAGUCCAGUGGCAAGACAAAAGUCACAACUGGCAAUGGCCUGGGCUUGGUUUUGGAUUUAAAAUGAAUGAGCCAUUUCAUUUUGGUCUUUUCUGAUUCUCAGGAUUUUAUUUCUUAUUUAACUUGGCUAUCUUUCAAGGUCCCCUUCCUCUACUAUGAUGGUAAGGGGUGGGGGAAUCAAUGUUUUAUCAAUGUUCUCAAGAAAUUUACCAUGAGAAAAAAUGCAAACUCUUCUUUUCCCAGAAAAGUUAUAACCAAGGCCACAAAUUUCUCUGUGUCUACUGGAAAAGCACUACAGAGGGGGCUAUCUGGUCCACAGAAGGCUGUUUCUUAUUGAAAACCAAUGCCACUCAUACCAGAUGCAACUGCAGUCACCUGUCCACCUUUGCAGUCUUGAUGGCACUCACAGACCAGGUGGAAGAUGGUGUGCUCACAGCGAUCACUUAUGUGGGCCUGGGCCUCUCCCUGCUGUGUCUCUUUCUGGCUGCCCUCACCUUCUUCUUGUGUCGUGCCAUCCAGGGCACCAGCACCUCCCUCCACCUGCAGCUCUCCCUGUGCCUCUUCCUGGCUGACCUUCUCUUCCUCACUGGCAUACACCAAACUGCAGAUAAGGUUCUGUGUUCCAUCAUUGCUGGUACUUUGCAUUACCUCUAUCUGGCUGCCUUCACCUGGAUGUUUCUGGAAGGGCUGUACCUUUUCCUCACUGUCAGGAACCUCAAAGUUGCUAAUUAUACCAGCGCAAGACAGUUUAAGAAGAGGUUCAUGUACCCUUUUGGCUAUGGGAUCCCAGCCGGGAUUGUGGCUAUCUCAGCAGGAAUUGAUCCACAUGGCUAUGGGACAAUUAAAUACUGCUGGCUCAACUUACAAAGAGGGUUUAUCUGGAGUUUUGUUGGACCAGUAAUAGUCAUUAUUUUGUUUAACUUAAUCUUUUAUUUGAUAACGCUGUGGAUUUUGAGAGAUACUCUUUCCUCCCUCAACAAAGAUGUGUCCACUAUCCAAAACACAAGGACCCUGACCUUUAAAGCUCUUGCUCAGUUUCUCAUCCUAGGCUGCUCCUGGAGUCUUAGUUUUUUCCUGACGGAAUCUAUAACUGAGCCAGCCCAGUCAAUUAUUGCCUACACCUUCACCAUCACUAAUUCCCUGCAGGGCAUAUACAUCUUCCUGGUUCACUGUAUCCUCAAUAGCCAGGUAAAUCACCCCCUGUCAGUUGUCUCACUGGCUAAUGUAAAGCCCUCUUUUAUGGUUUCUGGUGCUUCAUUUUCCCGUGUUCCUUCCCAGGCCCUUUUUGGUUGUUCUUAUUUCUGGGUGCUGGGAGAUAGGGUACUCCUGCCUUUUUCUGACCCUAUGUCUGGGGGAACCUGCUUGUGCUGUGCCCUCCUAUUUGCACAUUACCAUUUCUUUCAUUUAAAUAUACAAAUCUUUCAGAGACUUGAAUUAAUCUCUCCUUUGAUGAACCUAGACUUUUUAGAAGACCAGAAGAUGCAGAAGAUUCUUUUGCCAAGGGGGCUAUUUUGAAAUAUUUAUGGUCAGACUUUGAGUACAGGACAGGU